AUGCCUUCCUAUGAUGCUUUGAUGGGUUUUGAAACAUCUUUCAAAGGUUGUGUUUUUAGUGUGUUGGAUAGUGAGAAACUGGAUCUGAAGUUGUUGAUUGAAGAGAUGGAUUCAAUUGAUGUUCCUUCGGUUUUCAUAUGUCCAAUUUCACUUGAGCCAAUGCAAGAGCCUGUGACUCUUUGCACUGGUCAAACCUACGAUAGAUCCAACAUCCUUAAAUGGUUUUCACUUGGUCACAAAACAUGUCCAACAACAAUGCAAGAGCUUUGGGAUGAAUCAAUCACACCCAACAACACUCUCAAACACUUGAUCCUCACUUGGUUCUCACAAAAGUACUUGGAAAUGAAGAAGAAGCUUGAAGAUGUUGAAGGAAGAGUUUUGGAAACAUUGGAGACACUUAAGAAGGUGAAGGGUCAAAGUAGAGUGAAAGCUCUUAAGGAUCUUAGAAAACUUGUUGUUUCUCAUGUUUGUGCAAGAAAAACAUUGUUGGAAAAUGGUGGGGUUGGUUUGGUUUCAUCUUUGUUAGGUCCUUUUACUUCACAUGUUGUUGGUUGUGAAGCUAUUGGUAUCAUUGUGAAUUUGGAUUUGAGUUCAGAUUUCAAGAGAAAGAAUCUUAUGCGUCCAUCCAAAGUUUCAUUGAUUGUUGAUAUCAUGAAUGAAGGAACAAUUGAAACAAAGAUGAAUUGUGCUAAAUUGAUUCAAAUGUUGUUGAUGGAAGAAAAAGAAACCAAGAUUGAGAUUGUGUCAAGUUUGAGUCUUUUGGUUGGAUUGUUAAGAUUGGUGAGAGACAAGAAACAUCAAAAUGGGAUUUUAAUUGGUCUCACAUUGAUUAAAAAAGUACUAUGUAGUCAUGAAUCAAUAAGAACUUCUAUGAUAAGCAUAGGAGCAAUACCUCAAUUGAUUGAGAUUUUACCAAGUUUGAACAAUGAGUGUUUGGAGAUAGCACUUUAUAUAUUGGAGAUAUUGUCAACACUUGAAGAAGGGAAAUUGGCAUUGAAAGAAUGUCCAAACAUUAUACCAAAUGUGGUGAAGAUGUUGAUGAGAGUUUCAGAAAAUUGUACACAAUUUGCAUUGUCAAUUUUGUGGGCUAUUUACAAACUUGCACCUGAAGAAUGUGCUUCAAAGGCUGUGGAAGCUGGAUUGGCUUCAAAACUAUUGCUUGUGAUUCAAAGUGGUUGUAAUCCUGUUUUGAAACAGAUGUCAUCUGAGUUUUUGAAAAUGUGUAGUGUGAAUUAUUCUACUAGUAGUAUUUUUAUUUCAAAGUGUAUGCUUACUACUACAAUACAAUGA